GUUAGGACACAUCUUAUCAACUUUUUCAAUCCUUUAGCUCAAAGGCGCGCGUAUCGUACUAUCAUUCGUCGGUAUGAUUAACGUAGAUCUGAGUGUUGCGGCCGCGUUACGGAAGUCUGGUGGUAUAAUUAGUCUUAUGCCAAUGGGAGAUUCUAUUCACUUUGGAACUAAUAUUAAACAAGAACCUUUCACACUGUUGACUCUGACGGAUGAUCAGCGUUUCGCCAUUGAAAGGGCAAAGAAGUAUGCUUUGGAGCAAAGUAUUCAGAAUGCACUCAGCAAACAAGCAGCACAGCUGCACCAACAGGACUUGAAUACAAUUAAAAGGAACCAGGCACUUAUUCUUUUGAGUCGAAUAUAUGUUGGGUCAAUCAGUUUUGAAAUAGGAGAGGAAGAAAUCAGAAAAACGUUUUCACCAUUCGGACCGAUCAAGUCUGUCGCUCUUAGUUGGGAUACAGUUCUACAAAAACACAAAGGAUUUGCUUUUGUUGAGUUCGAGGUCCCAGAAGCUGCUUCUUUGGCAUUAGAUCAAAUGAAUGGAUACACUCUAGCUGGCAGGAACCUAAAGGUCGGGCGACCAAGCAACGCUCCUCAAACUGCUGCUUUAGAAGCCGAACUACGUGCAGAAGUCAGUACUAAGCCUCGUGUAUACAUUGCUUCAGUUCAUCCAGAGUUAACCGAGUCUGAUAUUCAAACUGUAUUCGAGGCAUUUGGGAAAGUAAACAGCUGCAGCUUGUAUCCAGAUCCUAAAUGUUCUGGUCGUCAUCGGGGAUUCGGUUAUAUUGAUUUCGAAUCGGAAGAAGCUGCUAUCGCUGCCGUGUCAAGCAUGAAUUGUUUCGACUUGGCGGGACAACAACUUCGUGUUGGACGCGCACUUACUCCCAAAGGAGUUCCUCUCCCAUUCGAACUUAAUGCUAACAAAAGUUUAAAUGCAAUUUCCACCAAUCCAAUAUCUACUUCGGCUGUCGCGUUUGCAGCCGCAUCAAUUUCCGCUAAAGUUAUGACACUGUCCGCUGAGGAAAUUAGUUCGAACAGUCUUAAUGGAUCAAAUCGUCCCAUAACCUCCACUGGAUUUUCUGGACCUGCUGCAGCUGCACAAAAUCUCCCGCCUCCUGGUGUAUUUAUUCCUACUUCUGUAGGGGAUAAUGUAACGUCAACAUCGGAAGAAAAGCAAAUAGAAGAUGUCAUUUCCGUCACAACUGCAUCUGUCUGGGAUGAUGAUGACGACUCGGCGAUUCCUGUCCCAACUGCUUCAGAGGAAAUUCCUGAAAUUUCUACUGAAGAUCAGGUCGAGGAGCACACUGAAGUGACCGCUCACCUAAACGAUGUCGAAGACUCUCAAGACGUGUUUACUAUUAGUAUGUCUAGGGUUUUAUUGCUUGAGAAUAUGGUAGGCGUUAAUGAAGUGGACGACGAACUUCAAGAGGAAGUAAUGGAAGAGUGUGGAAAUUACGGUUCUGUCCUGCGUGUUUUGAUUCAUAUAAUGACAAGUCAGGAUGUUCGUAUCUUUAUACAGUUUGACCGAUCAGAUGACGCUAAAGCUGCUUGCUGUGCCCUAAAUCAACGCUAUUUCGCUGGCCGUGUUGUCCAAGCUCGUUUGUAUGAUGAAGAACGGUUCCAACUGCAUGAACUAGAUGACUAGGGGAAUUCUAACUUAUUUAUUUCAUUGGUCGUACUUUAAUCGGAAUUCUAUAUCAGUAUUUCUUAUAACAAUUAUGUAUGCAUAUUUACGAUGUUUAUUUUGUUUGUCAGAAUUACUGUAUACUUCCUUAACCCUACAAUCUGUAUAUACAUAAAGCAAUGUUUAAUUUUAUAUUGAACAUAUUCCGGAUUAGUUUCCCUUCUGUCGUUUCUGAAUAUAUGGUCAAGCUACAUUCCCCUUGACUAAGCUCGAACUAAUAAUGAUUAUUCAUGUGUAAACUUCUUGAUUAACUCGUUACGAAACUACUUAUUUAAUAAAGUUGCAAGUUUUGUCGUA